ACUCCUGGGUGAAAAAUAUGCUGGGAGUGGCAACAUUUAGCAAUCACGAUUCCUCACUGGCCUAAACUUUAAGGUGUGCUUUUUUGUGGAAGACCUUUUAGUUCUGGGACUAAACAAAUACUGAGGUGUGUGGCACAUCACCGCCCUACCCUCUUCCCAAGAUGCACUUCAUCGACAGCUUGACGUGAAGGACCGUAACCUCUUGUUUCCCCAUCAGCCGUCCUAUCACGGAAGGUUGGGGUGGGUGGGAGUGGAACUAGAAUUCUUUUUUCCUCCGAGAUGCCCAAGAAGAGGUUAAAGGGCGUUCCGAUGUUUGCUUUGCGUACGUGGGCGCUCUCUGUCCUGCUACCCGCCACAUACCUGCGUCAUUUCGCCUCCUCCAAAGUGCAGGUUGAAAGGAGAAACAGAUUGGAGGUACAAGGCAGACACACAACUGUCGUCACCUUUUGCUGUCGAGGCGACAAGAGGUCUUUAAGAAGAUAUACAACACUAACAAGUCACAAGCCAGGCUGAAGGCAACGAGAGGGAAAAAUACAGGACAAGUAUCAAGUAAACUGCAUCCAACUCAGACCAUUUAGACUAUACCCAGGAAGAAAACAAGAAAACUGCCAGAAGAUGGUGAUAUUUGUUCUGCUUAUGUUUACAGGGCUUCUGUCAAGCAGUUGGAGUCUGAACGCGGGCUGUACUUCUGCUUUUUCUAACUGUACCUUGGUCAAGACGUAUAGCAUAGUAGCACAAGAAUCCCCUUGCAGGUAUAUGCCAGUAUACAUCAGCUGCAUAAGCCUCAUUUUCUCGACUUCAGCUUGCGAUGAGUUGUCUACUCUGGUGUUGAGAGACACGACGACCCUUGAGGCCGAGAGCACCAAAUCAAGGAUAACCUGUUCUUAUGAAAUCCCCGAAGCCCUCCAGCUAAAUGACUGCCAGAAGCAAAAAUCCAACUGUUCAAAACUCAGCGGUUAUCCGUUUGUUGGGGAGGACAUCGGCAAGAAGUGCAAGUAUUUGGAAACAUUCCAAAGCUGCUUUGACAAAACGACACCAGCAUGUGAGGACAGAGGUGACAUCGCCAGGAUCGUCAACAUGGAGCUGACAAGACUUCAGUACAACUCUACCUGUGUUGGAUGGCAAUUGACCACCGAACUGACUUCAACGGCCAGUCUGACGACUAGGCAGGGCUCGACAACGAUAGCGACAACGACAACCAGCACGACGGCAAUGACCACUACACGAGGACUGACGAAUCCUGCAACUACGACCACCACCACAGCUCCACGUCCAGCCAGUACAGCAGCGCCCACUGCUCCAGUACUGACGAACCCUGCAACUACGACCACCACAGUUCCACGUCCACCCAUCACAGCAGCGCCCACUACUCCAGACAACACCAACAACAGAAAUAGCCCCCCUCGUGUCAUAGGCAAUGGAGGCAAUGGAGGCAACAAAGUCGUGUCUUCAGUGACAUGGACGGUCUUGCUGACCCUAGUCCUCUACGUCUGGGCGCGCACCUAACUCCGAACUCCUUCACGGGAAUACAGCUUGUCAUCAGUUUCUUCAAUUUCUACUGGAUCGUUUAUUGUUAUUUUUGUUCAAGAUGUUAUUGUAACCUUUCCAUUUUUCCCAGUCUGGCUUCCAUUUGUCGCUUUUUCACUGGCAUGUAUCAUUUACUGUACACUCUGAAACAUUGCAUAAAGACUGUUCAUUUUUAUCAUAGAUUUGUACGAGGAGUGAGACAAAGUUGUAUGUGUGAGCGUACCUCCAUGUGUGUGUGUGUGUCUGCUUGUGUGUGUGUGUGGACACAUUUAUAAUUUGAACGUGCUGGUGGUGUGAGGUUGUAUGUCAGAGCAGUGGUGGACGCAUUCCUGCACUAUGUACAAUAUUGAUUAACAUAUUUUAUUCCUGAUAUGAUUAAAUAAUUGUACUAUUUUUGUCCCUGAUAUUUUUUAAAUGCAUAUCAUGAACUAUAGCACUAUUGUGGACCAAAAUCUGUAUUUUUUUUUAAUUGCAACUUCCUUCUACUUUCACGUUAUUAUUCAUAGAUUCAGUUCAUUUGCUUACUCCUGUGUUUGGAAAGCAGAAGACAUUGCAAUGUGUUGUUGUUGUUGUUGUUGUUGUUGUUGUUGUUGUUGUUGUUGUUGCAGCAGCCAAGACUUUGUGUGCAGAAAGUAUCAAUGGUUGCGUAUGACUGUCACACAUUCUUUCAGUGACAAGAGUAAUUCAAAUUCUCCCAGUAGAAAAUAAAU